AUGCGCCGCCUCUUCAGCAGCCAGCCGCGCCUGGCGGCGCUGCGCCGGAAGCUCAAGCACGAGGCGCGCGCGCCGCCCGCCGCCGCCCCGGCCGCGCCGUCCAACGGGAGCUCCUUCUUCAUCGAGACGCGCGGCUGCCAGAUGAACGUGAGCGACUCGGAGGUCGUGCGGAGCCUGCUCCUCGACGGCGGCUACGGCGAGGCCACAUCGGCGGCGGCCGCGGACGUCGUCCUGCUGAACACGUGCGCGAUCCGCGACAAGGCCGAGGCCAAGGUCUGGACGCGGCUCCGCGAUCUCCGGGGCCGCGCGCCCCACGGCGUCAAGCUCGCGGCGCACCGGAGGCCGCGGCAGACCGUCGCCGUGCUCGGGUGCAUGGCGGAGCGCGUCGAGGAGGGCCUCUUCGAGAACGGGCUCGCGGACGUCGUCGUCGGUCCGGACGCGUACCGCGAGCUGCCGCGGCUUCUGGGCAACGUCGGCUCGGGCCCCCAGAUGGACACGAAGCUCUCGCUGGUCGAGGACUACGGCGAGGUCUUCCCGACGCGCGCGGACCCGACGAUGCGCCACGGCGCUUUUGUUUCGGUGCAACGGGGCUGCAACAACGCGUGCGCGUACUGCAUCGUGCCCUACACGAGAGGUAGGGAGCGGAGCCGCGCCGUGACGACGGUGUUGGACGAGGUGGCGGCGCUCUACGACGCCGGCGUCCGCGAGAUCACGCUGCUCGGACAGAACGUGAAUUCCUACCACGACGCGAAGACGGCGAGCGCGUGGGGCCUGCCGCGCGAGUACUCGGACGGCUUCGUGCCCUUCGUCAAGUCGGCGAAGCGCGACGGCAUGGCGGACGGCGUCCGCUUCGCCGAGCUGCUGGUGGCCGUGGCGGAGGCCGCGCCGGACGCGCGGAUCCGGUUCACGUCGCCGCACCCCAAGGACUUCCCCGACGCGCUGCUGCGCGCCGUCGCCGACACGCCGAACGUCGCCAAGCAGCUCCACCUGCCGGCCCAGUCCGGGUCCGACGCCGUGCUGCGGUCCAUGCGCCGGGGCUACACGGACGACGCGUACCGGGCGCUCGUGGACCGCGCGCGACAGACGAUCCCGGGCGUCGCGCUCUCGAGCGAUUUCAUCGCGGGCUUCUGCGGCGAGUCGGAGGCGGACCACGACGCGACGGUGGCGCUCAUCGAGGACAUCCGCUACGACAUGGCCUUCCUCUUCGCCUACAGCUCGCGGGACCGCACGCCCGCGCAGCGGCGGCUCGACGACGACGUUCCCGCGGACGUCAAGAACCGGCGCCUCAACGAGAUCAUCGCCGCGUUCCGCGCGGGGCGGGAUGAACUGUCGCACGAGGCCGUCGGCGAGACGCACCUCGUGUUGGUGGAGGGCGCGCCGAAGCGCGCGCCCGCCGGGGCCGACGGGACCUUCGUCACGGGCCGCAACGACGGCUACCGCAAGAUCGUCUUCCCGGACGCGCUCCCCGACGGCACGGCGCUGGCGGAGGGCGACUUCUGCCACGUCUACGUGGACCGCGUCGAGGGCGCGACGCUCUUCGGCGUGGCGGUGGCGCGCGCGGCCGGCGCGGGCGACCGACCGGACGUUUCGGGGGCGGAGCGGCGCGCGGCGGUGGGCUCGUAA